AUGACUGUGGGUGACUCCAAAGAAGCAGGGGUGCAGCAGAUGGGCUGUCUGGGAUUUCUGGACCGAGGCCACAUCUCCCUGGCGCUGCAGCUGCUGUCACUCGUUUUCUUUGCCGGACUCCUGGCUGCCAUCGUCAUCCAAGUUUCCAAGAUCCCCAGCUCAGAGGAAAUACAGUGGGAACAGAAAAAGCAGGAGAAAAUGUUCCAGGACCUGAGCCAGAUGAAGUCUGAAGUUGAUAGCCUCUGUCGCCGCUGUCCUUGGGAUUGGACAUUCUUCAAGGGAAACUGUUACUUCUUCUCCAAGUCACAACGAGACUGGCAUGACUCCAUCACUGCCUGCCAGGAAGUGGGAGCCCAGCUGGUCAUCAUCAAAAGUCAUGAGGAGCAGUACUUCCUGCAGCAAGCUUCCAAGAAAAAUGGCUACACCUGGAUGGGGUUGUCAGACCUGAACAAGGAAGGUGCAUGGUAUUGGCUGGAUGGUUCACCUCUGUCAGACAGUUUUGAGAGGUACUGGAAUGAAGGACAGCCCAACAACUUUGGGGGACAAGACUGUGUGGAAUUCAGAAAUGACGGCUGGAAUGAUGCCAAAUGUGAUGACAUGAAAUUAUGGAUCUGCAAAAAAUCCUCAACUACCUGUCCCAGCAAGUGA